CUGCUCACAGGUCAUGUCGGGUGUGAGGAAGUGUAUGGUAAUGAGCCCAGCGUGGCGCUCACUGGCACUGUCCCGAGCCUUCACUACCACAGCUGCAUCUCAUCAAGUAGCAGCAGCAGAACAGCGGACCUCAGAACCUAAACCAGCAUCUGAAAUCCCAGGACCGCGUUCCUACCCAUUCAUAGGCACUUUUUUCUCCAUGAUCUUGAACAAGUCCUUUGCUAACAACAAGAUUCACAUCUACUUCCGAAAGAUGGUAGAGGAACACGGCCCCAUCAUUAAAAUGGAAGUCCCAUUCAAUCCGCCGAUGGUAUGCAUUACGGACCCAAACGAGGUCGAGGCCUUCAUACGAGACACCAUGGACAACCCAGUGAGGCAUGUGUUGGAAUCCUUCAAGAAGAUUAGACAGGAGGAUGCAGACAACUAUUUUGAAAACAAAACUGGCCUAUUGACAGAGAAUGGCCAGGAAUGGUGGAGGGUACGCAGCAGAGUUCAGUCUUCUAUGUUGAGGGUCAAGGAGGUGGUGGCCUACCUGCCUGUCAUGGAUCAGAUUUCGUUGGAGUUCAUGGACAGAAUCGCUUCACUGCAAUCACAGUAUGGAGAGAUGCCAAGUGACUUCCUAAAUGAGAUGUACAAGUGGGCUCUUGAAUCUGUUGGCAGUGUAGCCCUGAAUCGUCGGCUGGGGUGUCUGGAUCCAAACAUCGCACCGGACUCAGAACCCAUACGGAUGAUUAAGCUCGUAAAUGAACUCUUUACUUCUCUGGUUGACGUAGAGAUUUCUCUUCAUAUUUGGAAGUUAUUCCCAACUCCAGCUUUCAGGAAACUCAGGAAGACACAUCAGGAAUUUCUUAAUCUUGACAAGUGCAGAAUUGCGGAUAAGAACAUCCGAGAGACGGAGGCGGCGUUGCUGGCGAAGGAGCCUAGUGAUGACCGGGAACUGACACUGAUGGAGGGACUGCUCCUCAAGCCAGGACUCUCCCGCAAGGACGUGGUCACCCUCAUCCUCGACAUGCUCUUCGCUGGCGUUGAUACAACGUCGCACAGCCUUAGUUUCGCGCUGUACCUGUUGGCUAGACAUCCGGAGGUGCAGACACGACUGCAGGAGGAGGUAGAUACUGUGCUCGGGGACCACAAAGGUCCACUCACUUACCAACACCUGGCCAAGUUCCACUACCUCAAGGCUGUUGUUAAAGAAUCUAUGAGGGUGAUUCCUAGUGUGAUGGCGUUUGCAAGAAUUCUUGAAAAGGAUCGUGUUAUCAGUGGAUACUUAAUUCCUAAAGGGUGGUCAGUAAUGAUAUAUAGCAUGCAGAUGGGUUUGGAUGAAUCGCUCUUCCCUCGAGCAAAUGAGUUCGUACCUGAGCGGUGGUUGAGAGACAGGCCCCUGGGUCCCAUUCAUCCUUACUCCACAGCUCCUUUCGGCGCUGGCAAGAGGAUGUGCAUCGGUCGACGCAUCGCAGAGCAGGAGAUGUAUACCUUCCUCGCUAGAGUGAUGCAGCGCUUCACAGUUGAUUACAAGUAUGAAGAUAUUGAACUUAUUUUUCGUCUGGUGCUUAACUCUGAGAGACCCCUUAAGUUCAGUUUCACGGAGAGGCGCUGAGGCACUGUGAGAGGCACUACUACUGCCAGAGGUGUUGAACUACUGUGAGAUAUACGGACGGACUACUGUGAGAGACGUACAAACUACUGUGAGCGGUGCAACGAAUUUUCAAUUUUUUGGUGCUAUUAUUAUUCUUGAUGAAAGUUCAUGUAAUGUGCUGCUGGUGUUACAUGUGUUGAAAGUGAUACCUGUGUUAUAUAUAAUACAUGUACUUCAGGUGAUAUAUUAUAAUAAUAUGCUUGAUAAAAGCUUAAUUCUUUGUUCCAUAAUAAAUCUGAAACUGUACUGAGACAGAGAACAACAAAAAUAAAACAGCGCUCGUCAUUA